GUCCUGAGUCAGACGCCGCUGCCAGUUAAACCCGCCGCGAAGUCAGCAUCUCCAGGACUUGGCUGCUCCUGGAAACCGGAGGGGAAAGUUUUGCGUCAUGCCAGUUCAGCAGCCCCUGAACCUGCGGCUGCUUAUUCUAAGAGGUGAGUCAAAUCCCCAGCAACUGGGACAAGAGGUCCGGGGAAGCCAGAGUCAGCAAUUAAUCUCUACACAUUUGUGGACUGUGGGAGAAACCGGAGUGCCUGUAGAAGAACUGAGAAACCCCAUGCAGACAAGCCUGAAGCUGCAGCCUAUGACCUUCUUACUAAAGACAUGCAGCCAUGUUGAUGUUGAGAUGUCUCCUUGUCACUGCCGACUAGACAACCUGAUGCUGCGGAGCAAAACCAGACCUCCCAUCUAAUCGUGUUUCCAGAGACCAGAGCCACAAUGAGUCUGCAGUGGACAGCUGUGGCCACUUUCCUUUACGUCGAAGUGUUUCUGGUUCUGCUUCUCUGUAUUCCUUUUAUAUCCCCAAAGAGGUGGAAUAAGAUCUUCAAGUCUCGCAUUGUCCAGGCUAUUGCUCUCUAUGGAAACACGUCGUUCAUGGUGGCCAUGGCCAUCUUGGUUUUCCUGCUCAUCGAUGCCUUCCGAGAGGUGAGGAAGUACAGUGUGACCGAGAAAGUCGAUCUGACCAACAACCCAACGGCCAUCGAGCACAUCCACAUGAAACUGUUCAGAGCUCAGAGGAAUGAGUACAUUGCGGGUUUUGCUCUGCUGCUUUGUUUGCUGCUGCGCCGCCUGGCCACUCUGCUGUCCCAGCAGGCCACUCUCAUGGCCUCCAAUGAAGCUUUCAAGAAGCAGGCAGAGGGCGCCAGCAAUGCCGCCAAGAAGUACAUGGAGGAGAAUGAGCUGCUGCAAGAGAAACUGAGAGAUGCAGGGAUCGAGGUCCCAGAGGCUGGAAGGAAAGGACCUGGAGUCCAGGAGGAGAACAAGACUCUGAAAGAAGAUGUGAAGACCCUGAAGGAGGAGCUGGAGACCACCAAGAAGGCCCUGCAGAAGUCUGACAGCGACGUCCGCGCCAUGAAGAAGCAGGCUGAGAACCUGACGGUGGAGUACGACCGCCUGCUGGACGAGCACAGCAAGCUGCUGGCGACCAGCGAUAAGAAGUCUGACUGAGGAGCACCCUGCAUCUUCUUCCCCUGUGAUGUCACUUCCUGCCAGGCCAUCAAGACAGAGGAAGAAAUGCAACAGAAAGAAUGUCUCAAGCUUUACAUGGCUCUUUUUUUCUGCGUUGUUGUUCACGUGGUUUCUCUUCAGUGAGUCUCUUUCAAUGCUUCCUGUGGGACGGUUCCCUCUCCAAGGUCAGAUGAGGGGGACACAGUGGGGUAGCUUCUCUCGCCUGCAGAGAAGUCAGAACAUAAUAUUGACCUUCGCUCACUUUCACUGGCUCCAGAAGGUUCUGUUGACUUAGUUUACCGCCAUCCACACAAAUCAUUCCACCACCUUAUGUUUAGCUGUCGACUUAUAUUUGAUACACAGUCUGUUUGGGUUGUUUUCCUUUGAUUUCAUUGCGUUUGAACAGUGGCGACGGCUGGGUCACGUGUUGGUCAUGCAUGUCUGCUCCUCCUCUUGACUUUUUCUCCUGUUCUGAAAAGAAAAUUAUUAUUCAAAACGACGUGUUUGGCCCCAUAGGGGGCGCUAUCACCGUGGCACCAGCGGGUUGUAAAGUCAACUGUAGCGUUCUGACACUGAAAUAAAAUACAGAAACUUCA